CGAAAGUGUGUCUUGUAGGGAAGCCCGAUAUUCCAUUUCCCAUAUAACAACAAAAACAAACAAAAAUUCACAAAUUCAUUCACUCCCUUCCUUCGGGGGUUUUACUUUCACACACACACACACUGCAAAAUCUCCAAAUUCAUCUUCCAUUGAUCGAUCCAAAAUGCGUAUUGCUGUUCGUUAGCUUGAUCUUGACCGUUAGAUUCUCUCAAUUCAAGUUUAGUUGGCGAAAAUGGACGAUGUGGCUAUGGCUCCUGAGGGUUUAGAGUGGAAGUUCUCUCAGGUUUUUGGUGAACGUGCUGCAGGAGAAGAGGUUCAAGAAGUUGAUAUCAUUUCAGCAAUAGAAUUCGAUAAAACUGGCGAUCAUCUUGCAACCGGAGAUCGUGGGGGCCGUGUGGUUUUGUUCGAAAGAACCGACAAAAUAGAUGGGGGUGUUCAUCGUAGAGUUUUAGAGGCAAUGGAUUGUUCCAGCAGCCAACACCCUGAAUUUCACUAUAAAACCGAAUUUCAAAGUCAUGAACCAGAGUUUGACUAUCUAAAGAGCUUGGAAAUCGAGGAGAAAAUAAACAAUAUCCGAUGGUGUCAGACGGCUAACAACGCCAUGUUUUUGCUAUCCACUAACGAUAAAACCAUAAAGUUCUGGAAGGUUCAAGAAAAGAAGAUCAAGAAGGUAUGCAACUUUAAUCUAGACCCUCCAAAACCGGCAAUCAACGGUUUCGUAACUACCUCAAAUGCGCCUACAUUGUUUAAAACAUGUUUUACAAACGGAGGAAGCAACGACAAUCCGCUGAAUUUUAGGAACAACAAUAUUUCGUUGAGGGGACUUACAUCUCUACAUUUACCUACGGUAACCAGUCACGAAACUAGCCUUUUAGCUAGAUGUCGUAAAACAUAUGCUCAUGCGCAUGACUAUCAUAUUAAUUCCAUCUCAAAUAACAGUGACUGUGAAACAUUUAUAUCCGCCGAUGAUCUCCGUAUAAACCUUUGGAAUUUGGAAAUUAGCAGUCAAAGUUUCAAUAUCGUUGACAAGAAGCCUGCAAACAUGGAGGAUUUAACCGAGGUGAUAACGUCAGCAGAGUUUCAUCCUUCACACUGUAAUAUGUUGGCGUAUAGUAGCUCAAAAGGCUCAAUUAGGCUAAUUGAUUUGCGACAAUCAGCUUUAUGUGACACUCAUAGCAAAGUGUUUGAAGAACAUGAAGCUCCUGGUUCUAAAUCUUUCUUUUCGGAUAUUAUAUCUUCAAUUUCUGACAUUAAAUUCUCGAAGGGGGGUCGGUACAUACUAAGCCGUGAUUACAUGACCCUUAAGAUGUGGGAUAUAAAUAUGGGUUCUGGCCCAGUUGCAACUUUUCAGGUGCAUGAACAUUUGAGACCCAAGUUAUGUGAUCUAUAUGAAAACGAUGCAAUCUUCGACAAAUUUGAAUGUUGUCUCAGUGGAGAUGGACAGCGAGUAGCAACUGGUUCAUACAGCCAUCUGUUUCGUGUUUUCGGUUGUUCUGAGGGCAGCACAGAAGCAACAACUUUGGAGGCAACCAAGAAUCCCACAAGGAGGCAAGUCCAGACACCUCCAAGAUUCUUAAGAUCCCCUGGAGGAUCGGAUGACAUAAAUGGAAAUAGUUUUGAUUUAACAACAAAGUUGCUCCACCUUGCAUGGCACCCAAGUGAAAACUCGAUCGCCUGUGCUGCUUCAAACAGUUUGUAUAUGUAUUAUGCAUGAAGACGGACAAUGGCGUAACUGUAAAUUAUUUGGAUUAAAUGAAUAUAAGCAAGCGCUCUCCUACCACCAAAAAACCGAGGUAAAUUGGUAGUUGGGACCGAGGUUUAUGUAUGGAUUGGUAGGAAGUAGCUGUGUUGUGAAUCAGUUAAACUAAAUGGGAGACUAUGUUUUAUGUCAUGUUGGGUAGGUCUUUGCUUCAUGUUAUAUUUAUGGUUAAAACUUAAAAUGA